UUUGUUAUGUUUGGUUUAUCCAUUUGGUUAACUACAAACGAAUGGAUGUGAACAAGCGUUUUCUACACUUCUCCCCAUUGUUCCACAAGACACUCAAUCAUUCAAAGGUAAGAAGACCUAACAACCCAUUUCUGCUGCUUCCUCAAUGAUUCUCAACUAUUUUCUUCCUCUUUGUUUUUGAAUUCCUAAAUAUGGUUCACCCUUUAAAUUCCUUAUUAUCAUCCCCUAAAGUUUGUCUUCCUUUGAGUUCUUCCUGUCUCACUGAUUUCAAUAGGAGAAGGAAAUUGAAUCUUGGUUUUGUUUUUUCCAUUUCUCAUCACAGUAGUUCAAGAAGUCUAGUGUUUUCUGGUCACUUCAAAUUUGAUUUUCGAAGAUGUGGGUUUUUGUUAGGUUACCCUGAACAACUCAAAUAUGAUGCAUUUUUUAAACCAAAUGUUGGAGAUUUGGCUCCACCUUUAGGGUUUAAAUUGGAUAAGAUAGCUACUGAUAGUCAAUUGGUCGAGGAUGAGGAGAAAAAUGAUGAUUCUAUUGACUGUGCAUUAGUUAAUCAUGAGUCGGAAGGCUUUAACAUUUUGGAUCGUGUCCAAGAGAGUUGUGAUGAACGAAAAAUGCAUGGUGAUAAUGAUGGUGAGGAAGGUGAGAAAGAAGAGUAUGAUGGUAAGGUUGAUGUUAGAGCACUUGCUAAUAGCUUGCAGAGUGCUAAGAGUGUGAAGGAUGUGGAGGAGGUUCUUAAGGACAAGGGUGAGUUGCCUCUUAAGGUGUAUUCCACCAUAAUUAGAUGGUUUGGUAAAGAAAAGAGAAUGAAAUCUGCCAUGAUUCUUUUUGAUUGGAUGAAUAAGAGGAAGUUAGAGAGUGAUGGCUCUUUUUCACCUAACCUUUUCAUAUAUAAUUGUCUAUUAGGUGUAGUUAAGCAGUGUGAAAAAUAUGCAGAAAUGGAAGCCAUUUUGAAUGAAAUGGCUCAAGAUGGUAUCAGCUAUAAUGUUGUGACGUAUAAUACUUUGAUGGCAAUUUAUCUUGAGAAAGGGGAAACUGAAAAAGCUCUCGACAUGCUCGAGGAAAUCCGUAGAAACGGCCUUUCCCCAUCUCCUGUAUCCUAUUCUCAGGCCUUGCUGGCAUAUCGGAGAAUGGAAGAUGGCAAUGGAGCUUUGAGUUUCUUUGUUGAGUUUAGAGAAAAGUAUCACAGAGGUGAAAUAGGAACGGAUGAUGACGGUGAAGAUUGGGAGAGAGAAUUGAAAAAGCUUGAGAGGUUUACGGUCCGUGUUUGCUAUCAGAUAAUGCGAUGUUGGCUUGUCAGUUCUGAAAACACAAGCAGCAAUGUGUUAAGGUUUCUUGUUAGUAUGGAUAAUGCUGGGAUUCCACUGACUCGUGCUGAACUUGAGCGACUCGUGUGGGCUUGUACUCGCGAAGAUCACUACAUUGUUGUAAAAGAGUUGUACAUCCGGAUAAGAGAAAGGUAUGAUAAGAUCAGUUUGUCUGUCUGCAACCAUACAAUUUGGUUGAUGGGGAAAGCGAAGAAGUGGUGGGCAGCUUUGGAGGUAUAUGAAAAUUUAUUGGACAAAGGGCCUAAGCCGAAUAACUUGUCAUAUGAACUGGUAAUGUCUCACUUCAGAUUUCUUCUUAGUGCAGCUAGGAGAAAGGGUAUUUGGAGAUGGGGUGUCAAGUUGUUAAACAAGAUGGAGGAGAAAGGGUUAAAACCUGGAAGUAAUGAAUGGAAUGCAGUUCUUAUUGCUUGUUCUAAGGCUUCAGAAACUUCAGCAGCUGUGCAAAUAUUUAGAAGAAUGGUCGAAAAUGGUGAAAAACCUACUAUUAUUUCAUAUGGUGCUUUAUUGAGUGCUCUUGAAAAGGGAAAACUCUAUGAUGAAGCCUUCCGUGUGUGGAACCAUAUGCUCAAGCUUGGCGUCAAACCAAACGCAUAUAUUUACACAAUCAUGGCUUCAAUUUACACAGCACAAGGAAAUUUUAGUAGAGUUGACGCCAUAAUUCGGGAGAUGGUAAUUUUAGAAAUCGAGGUAACGGUAGUGACAUACAAUGCAAUAAUCAGCUGUUCUGCGCGGAAUGGUAUAAGUAGUGCAGCAUAUGAAUGGUUUCACAGAAUGAAAGUUCAAAACAUCUCUCCCAAUGAGGUAUCUUAUGAAAUGCUGAUUGAGGCACUUGCAAAUGAUGGAAAGCCAAGGCUUGCAUAUGAGUUAUAUUUGAGAGCUCUGAAUGAAGGCCUUGUCCUCUCUUCAAAAGCUUAUGAUGCAGUUGUGCAAUCCUCUAAGGUUCAUGGUGCCACCAUUGAUGUAGGUUUUUUAGGACCUCCUCCUGCAGAUAAAAAAAAUAAAGUGCAAAAAAUUAGAAAAAACAUUAUGGCUGAAUUCUACAAUCUUGCUGAUGCUCCCAAGAGAAGUAAACUAUUUGAUAGAAGGGAACUUUAUCACACGGACACAAGAAAGUCCAUAAGUAAUUUAUUACACUGAAAUUAGCAUAGUCAAAUAUUUUGUAACCUCUGUACAUUCUUAUCUGUUGCAGCUUGAGCUUUUUUUGUAUCCUUAGCCGAGACGGUAAAAGAAUCACACUCGUGUUUACUUCCAUUUUUGAAAGAAAAAUAGAGAUGUAACACUUCCUGUGGAGUUACUAUUGAAAUUAUGACUCAUAUUUGUAAAGAGAUGGAAGUUUGUUCCUUGUAAUAAAUUUUUGUUUUUCUCUGAA